AUGGAAAGCUACGCAGACAUGGAUGGUCCCCCCUCCGGCGAUCCAAGGGACGACGUCGACGACAAGCGAUCCUACUCUCGCUCACCGAUUCCCGCCCCACGCCGCGACAACGCCAACGGUGAUGGUGAUGGCGAUGGACGCACGCCUUCUCGUUCCCCGCCACCACCACCACGCCGUAGUAGGGACACGCGCAGCCCGAGUCGCGGGAGAAUGAAUGCCAGACCCGCCUCGCCCCCACCAGCUAAGCCUCGCCACGCGCCAAAGGAUGUACAGGCGUCAAACAUCCUCGGCGUCUUUGGUCUCAGCAUCAGGACCGUGGAGCGCGACCUCGAGGAGGAAUUUGGGCGCAUCGCAGAUGUGGAGAAGGUCGUCAUUGUCUAUGAUGCUAGGACGGAGCGUUCCCGCGGGUUCGGUUUCGUGACAAUGAAGGACACUGAAGGCGCUCAGGCGGUUAUUGAUGCUCUCAAUGGAAUCGAACUCCACGGCCGCAAGAUCCGCGUCGACUUCUCGGCGACUAAGCGCCCGCACUCACCCACGCCAGGAGAGUACCGCGGCGCCCUCCGACCAGACGACCGUGGUCCCCCUCCUCCUCGCGGGCCACCCCGCGGUGGUGGGUGGGGUCCCCCGCCUCCUGGAUGGGGCCCACCGCCGCCCGGCUACGGACGCUAUGGCCCCCCUCCUCCAGGAUGGGGCCCGCCCCCUCCCCCGCCCGGUUACGGUCGAUACGGCCCUCCUCCCCCGCACGACAGGUGGGGCGGACCACCCCCUCCUCGUGGCUCUCGUUUUGAUGAUCCCUAUGGGCCACCACCCCCUCGCGGCGACCGCGACCCGUACGCGCGAUCAGGCUCCGCAGCUGAUGACAGGGACGAUUGGCGUCGCAGGCCUAGCCCGCCUAGGAGGGACAGAGACAGGGACAGUAGGAGGGAUAGGGACGAUAGUCCGCCAAGGAGGAGGCAUAGGGACGAUCCGCCUAGUCCGCCUAGGAGGAGGGGGGAUGACUAUUGA